GCCCACGGAAGCCCCGCCAGCUUGGCCCCCGGACCCUCCUCUUCACGCUGCCGGGCAUCGGCGAGGAGGGGGCCUCGGACAGCGACUCGGAGGAGGCCGGACACGCGAGAGGACUGUUGGAAGGAUCUGGGAAACACAAUUUUCCUAUAAAGAGCAAAGAUCCUUUACCUACACAUUUUACAAAUAAUGUGCAGAAAGCCAUUGAUAAGUAUAAUUGUGAGUCCGAGUCAUCAUUUUCAUCCAGUGGAAGCUCCACACCCACAGAAGCCCACAGCUCUUGGUCCAGGUCUGGGACGCAGAGUUCGAACUCGACCGUGGGCUUAUCUACCGAAAGGAGCUCCAUUUGCUCAUGGAGAGAUGAAGAGUUUGACAAAGCCAGUGCACAGAAGGUGCAGCAGUUAUUCUGGGAGGUCGAGGAAAUGUUAUUCGAAGGGAAAGUGAGCGCACAGACCCAGAACCUCAUGGCUGAGUGCAGCGAGUGGGCGAGACGAUCCAUCCACCUGAGAGUGUUAGGAAGACAGGUCAUCCUGCCGACCGAUGAAGGUGUCCGCCACUUCCAGGGCGGCGAGCCUCGCUCUGCGAGUCAUGAGUCCUCCCUGGAGGCCCAUCAAUGCGGCAGCAGCAGCAGGCAGUUGUGUAUCUCUGGCUCUCAAAUACUCCCAGCAGCACUUGCAGCCCAGGCCCUGCCAGGUCCCGACUUCACAGAGGGGGCCGACCUAGCGGCAUGUUCAUCCCUGCAGGAAGAGGUCUAUGAUGUGGAUGGAAAAAUAGAAGAAUAUUUCGCUUUCGACAGAAUAGAAGAAAUGGAUUUUGUCCUUAGUGACGAUGAACACCUGGAACAGAAAUCAGCUCACCACUGUGGGAUGCAGAGCAAGCACGGACUUCCUCCCAUUUCCCCUCAUGACUGUAUCAGAGAUGCUGUGGCUGCAGAAGUGUUCGAUCAUAUCUGGACAAAUGUGGUAGAAAUACUGGAAGAGCUGAUUAGAAAAACCUGGGAAGUUACACUCACAGGAAGAAGAAAACAGAAAGAAAAAUUGAAAGUUGCUGAGGCUAAAUCUCCGCAGGUUCUCAUUUCCCAUAUUAACACUGGUCUAAUGAGUGUUCCCCCGUCCAGAAGUUCUGAAACUCAAAGCAUCUCCCUGGCUUCUCAUCUUAAUCCCCCCCAGAUCCAUCGCUUCUCCACCAAUUUUUAUAGUGAUUUGAAUGGUGUGAUGACAAUUCAAGCCAAACCACUUCAGCAGAGGCCGACCCACUUUGCCGACAGGACACAGAAUGAACAAGAGGACAAAUCACUGAGUGUGGGGGCUAGUGCCCUUUCUGCCACCCGCCACCGUCUGGGACGAAUCUCAGACUCCUGCCGACUACAGACUCCUGCAAAGAAAACACCGGUUCUCAGGAGGCUACCUUCUCUCACUUUGGACUCGCAGAGAAUGAAAACCCCCAAUGUGGACAGUGAGGAGAUGCUUAGGGUAACAAGACUGCAAACUGGCCUGGACCUCAUGUCUUCCCCACCCGUCCACACCGCACAGGCCCCGAGGUUACCUCCCAUCGGUCCCGAGCCCGCCGAGCAGAAGGUGGCAGCUCCUGGAUCUCGCCCUGUCUCUUGCAGAGGCGGGCACGCACAAAGCCGUGUUUUAAGUGCAGUCCCCAAUAGUGCAGAACGAUCGCCUCUUCGAGAAAGAUCUCUGACUGUGGAACAGUCUUCAAGGCCCAGCACCACCCAUACGUUCCGGUCAGAAACCCCUCGAAAAGCUUCAUUGACUCUGAUGGAGUUUGCUGGUCACACCUGGACAGGUCAAGGUUUGCUGACAGGUACGCAGUAUCCACCCAAGUCUUUUCAGAGGACAGCUCUGACUCUAAGAAAGAGAUUCCAAGUGGCAUCUUGAUGUUGCUGCCCCAGAAUUGCAGCCUUUCCUGGGCCACCCAGAGCCUCCGCGACCACUGACACUUGAAAAACAGAAGAACAGCCCUAACUGGUUUGGCUCAGUGGAUAGAGCAUUGGCUUGCAGACUGAAGGGUCUCAGGUUCAAUUCCAGUCAAGGGCAUGUACCUUGAUUGAGGGCACAUCCCCAGUAGAGGCUGUACAGGAGGCAGCUGAUCAAUGUUACUCUCUCAUCAAUGUUUCUAUCUCUCUAUCCCUCUCCCUUCCUCUCUGUAAAAAAAAAAAAAAAAAAUCAAUAAAAUAUAUUUUAAAAAAUUGAAAAAGGCAAACUGAAUUACUCCUGAGGUUAAUCUCUAUAUAAAAGCACAGCGACAGGAUCAGCAGAAUGGCUGGAAUGACCGGUUGCUAUGACAUGCACUGUGGUAGCCAACCAGCUUGAUCUAAACCCUGAUCUGCUUCCCCCAACCUCCCAUUGCCCCUGCCACCUGCCAGCUCUGCCCCAGAUUGCCCUCCACCAAUCAGGGGUGGGGCCAGCCAGCCAACCUCCCAGGUCCCCUCCCCCUGGCAGGCUCUCUGAUAGGCCUUGAUUACCAGCCAGGCCUAGGGACCCCAAUUGUGCACAGAUUUGUGCACUGGGCCUCUAGUUUUUAAAUAACAGAGACUACAUUAAUAAAAUGUCUGUUAAUUUAUCCAAAA